CAACAUGGAACUUCUCGUUCUGCUGUUUGCUUUGGGCCUAACAGGAGCAUCACCGCUGGAGGACCACAACGUGUGUCGACCUCACUCCAGACCUUGGCAGGUGUCUCUUCACGACCGAGGGACGAGGUGCAGCGGCGCCCUCAUAAACAAGUGGUGGGUGGUGACGUCCGCCGCUUGUGCGCCCAGAUCAACUAGCGUCAUCGCGUCGCUCGGGGAACACGACGUGACGGUGGACGAAGGCACCGAGCAGCACAUCCCCGUGGCGGAGGUGAUCCGCCACAGCCCGUACCGCUCGCCCCUCCACAGCUUGGCCAUGGUGCGUCUGGCCGAGCCAGCCCGCCUGACCCAGCACGUUCGACCCAUUGGCCUCCCGGAUCGCUGCCCUCAGCCAGGAGAGAGCUGCAGUGUCAGCGGUUGGGGCUCCACCGUUCCCAGUCAAUAUGAGUCUCUGAAGCAGCUGAAGUGUUUGACUGUGCCUGUUGUGGAAGAUCAAACUUGUAUCAAUACCUUCCCCGACUACCUGUUCUGGAGCAUAGGCAUGGUGUGCGCUGGUGGGGCCAACAAGACCAACUGCUUGAACGACAAAGGGGCAGUCCUGGUUUGUGGCGGGCAGCUGCAGGGCGUGCAAUGGUUCAGUCACGGCUGUCAGAACGAGGAGCACCCUAGCGUCUAUACCAAGCUGUGCAUGUACGACAACUGGAUGCGCAGUGUGAUGGACAACUACACGCCGACCACCACCACCGCGCGUGCGAUGACUUCCGCAAAGGGGGUCUGAGGGGAUGGGAAACACAUGAAAAAACAAAACAUUGUUACUGCUCGUUUACAACAACAGCUGCUUGUGGCACGUGACCACGUCAGCAAUUUUAACAGACCUCACACUGCAGCUCAGAGAGCAUUCAUUCAUGUGUCCCAGCUAAAUUAACAUAAAAAUUUAUAAUUUUGAGUGAUCAAGGUGGAACUAAAUAUUUUACCAUUAUAAAUAGCAAAAGAAAGCAUGGUGUUCUCCUUGUAAAAAAAAAAAAAAAAAAACCCAAGAAUGUUAAGUUUAAUUGCGCAGAACCUUUCAAAUU